AUACAUACAUACAUACAUACAUUCAUACAUACACACAUACAUAGAUGAUUGAUGAGACUUUGGUGCGUAUGUAUAAGGACAUCCAGUCGCAGCUCAGCCGGGCCAAUUCUGAGAUGGUCCGAAGACACUUGAAUGAAGAAGAUGGACGGAGAAGAUACGAACAAGGGAUACUAGAAGAGUAUAACCGGAAACUAGAUAUAGUCAACCAAGAGAUGAAAAGGCUUCGAGAAGAAAACAGUCGAAUGAAAAGACAAAUACAGGGUUAUAAGAACAAGUACGAGAGUCCCAAUAAAAGACAAAGAGUCGAGAAGGAAGAAAUGACCCGAAGUCAGUAUAAUGCAUUACCUACGCAAUAUUCAUCGGAAGAUGAGUAUUCAAUCAGAUCGUCGCCGAAGAAGGUGUCGCCGAAGAAGUCACCCAUCAAGGAAAUCAUUGAAGACUCGGAGGAGGAAUACGAACCGAUUAAACUAGAAAGCCAACCAUUAAAUGAUAUAAGUCAACCAUUGAGUGAUAUGAGCCAACCCUUAAAUGAUAUAACCAAGCAGAUCAACGAAAUCAAAAGGAAUGAAACCAAGCCUCCACAAACCGCAUUACAAAGAAAAGAAUUCUUAAGAAAGUAUUAUAAGAUGAAAUUCAAUACUUCCAAGAUCAUGAUAAACCUCACCACCAAUCCAAUCACUGAAAAAAAUUGGAUACUACAAGAUUUCAAAGAGAAUCCCAAGUACGUUAGACCCAAGGUAAGCAAGUACAGCGUGAUGUCAAAGAAAGAAACCGAGGAACGAAACUUGUUUUAUGAAAUCACCGGAGAAUCAAAAGAAGAACUAACUUACUCGCAAAUCUUCGAUAAGUUCCCUUCACCACCAGGGUUCAUGAAGAGCGAUUUCCCCGACACGCUAGAAACAGAGCAACGAAGAAGACUCAUCAGCGAAAGACAACACGACCGAAUCAAAAGACGAAUCGAUAGCGCCCUCGCAAACUUCUACGACCCCAACAAGCAUGGCGAGUUCGUCUUCCAGGAGGACAUCAUUAACCAAUACGUGGACGCCGGAAGGUUUCAGUAGGG